UGUGUUUGCCAUUAUUGUCCACAACCCUGUGUAGACUGUCCACUUCUUAUUUCUCCUAUACCCCCCUCCCCCCAAGCGAAAAGCAACACCAGGAUUAAGGGUCAAACUGUGUUCAGACCGACAGGCUAUCAUUAGCUUUGUUUUCAUCACAAAUCGCACAUAAGUAGACAGAAAAAACAUGAGAGGAAGCGCGCUGGCUGUACAGCUGCCGAGACCUCCAGUUUCCUGCUGGGAAUGACUUAGUGACGGUCUCAGUUUAUAGACAACUUAUCUCAAGCCUCCUUUGCUUCCUGACGGGCUGACUUGACUUCUUUCUGAAGUUGUAACUUGUCUUCCCCGGUCCGAAAGCCUAAAUCAGGCACCUGCUGACCAAUCCGCUCACACUAGCUGCAGUCUCCCAAACAGCCAAUGGUGUAGCUGCAGUCUCCCUAAUAGCCAAUGGUGGCGCUGCUCCGCUAGGGAUUCGUGCGCCAACGAAGGCAGCUGUGCAGGUGUAGUGUGCACAGAGUGAGUUAGCUGACACUUAGUUCAUCCGCGCUCAUUCACCCUGCAGGGUGUGACCUGCACAUGACGUCCAAAGAGAUACUGCACGGGGAGGUGUAGUCUCCUGGCUGUCAGGAGCUGUCAUUUUCCCGAGACUGUGACAUCCGAGCUACCAGGUGUCCCGUUUCCCCUCCGCCUCCUGUCCCACUUUGGAUUACGUUACAGAAGCCUGUGAAAGGGCAAGAGCAAGUGUCAGUGGAGGGACUGUCAGCAGCAGUGGAAUAAUUCUCAUCACCUCGAGACACCAUGGGAAUGUCAGCAGGAUGGGCGCUCUGGCUGUCAGUGCUGGGAUCGGCGCACUUGUUAAUAAAUGUUACCUGGGCACUCUUGGAAGUCCAUGUUGAGCAGACGACUAUAAUUGCUGUGGAAGGAAAAAACAUUGUUUUACCAGUUUGGUAUUCCAGUAGUUCUCUUCAGGAUCCAUAUAUCACAUGGCAUUUUGUAAGGGCCCCCUUAAAGGAGAUUCAGAUAUUAAAAUAUUUGCAAGUCACCAGUGUUGAUGAUACACAAUUCAAGAAUCGUGUGCGAUUUGCUGAACCCAUGCCUUCAAAAAAUAUCUCCAUUAUAAUUAACAAUACUCAGGAAAUAGAUUCUGGUGUCUAUAAAUGUUUAGUCAAUGUGCCUGAUGACACCAGCGUUGGAGGGGGAAACAGCGGAGAAAUAAAUGUUACUGUUAUAGUUCCUCCAUCCAUUCCCAAAUGCCAAAUACAAGGAACACCUUAUGCUGGAGCUAAUGUCACCCUAACCUGCAGGUCUUUAUCUGGCAAGCCAGAACCAGGCUACUCAUGGAUUCGUUCAGCACCAACCACCCAGAUAUUCUUUCCUCCUACUCAGGAUGCUGCAAAAGGAACGCUAAGCCUAAUAAAUCUUACAAGUGAUUCAUCAGGGACCUAUGUCUGCACAUCUAAAAAUAUAGCUGGGAGUUCAUCGUGCAACAUAACUCUGGAAGUGACAUCAUAUUCCAAAACAGCUGUCAUUGUUGGAGCUGUUGUAGGAUCCAUUGUUGGCAUCUGCCUUUUAAUAGCAUUGUUGGUUGCAUUACUCUAUUUUUUCAGAAGAAAGAAAAAAGAUUUACAAGAUGAAAUAGAAAAUGAAAUCAAAGAAGAUGCCCAGGCUCCAAAGUCACUUUCUUGGGCAAAAGGCAAUGAGUCUGACAUAGUUUACAAAAAUGGAACAUUGUCUUCGGUGAACACACAACGAGAUCACAAAUUAUAUCCAUCAAAAUCCCCCUCUGAAACAGCUUCUGUAAUCACUGUGGCAGGAAGCAACAUUGGCCAUAAGCAGAUUUACCCAAACGAAAGAGGAGGAGUCAAAAGCCCAACUCCAACACCCAGUUUAUCAAGCCAGUCUUUACCAACAUAUAUACCUCCGCAGAAUGGCAACUAUUUUCACCAUCCCAUCCCAACAAACCGAAGCACUCUCCAAAAGACAAAUGGAGUAGGACAACCUGUUCCAAGAAGAGAACUGAAUUUCCCAUCUGGAGUCACACCUUCAAACCUUGUGAGAAUGGGAGCUGUACCAGUUAUGGUGCCGGCACAAAGCCAAGCGGGGUCACUGGUGUGACCAAAUGCUAAGCACUUCUGCGUUUGUAUGAUACAUUUGAUCAGAUGUUUACAGGUGUUAUUACUCCUCAUCCUAUAUUCAGGAAAUAUAUAAAAGGGUUUGUUGAUGCUUACAACAUCCCAACAGACAGAAUCAACCUAAGAGUAUAACCUGUGGUGUGUGCAUGGCUGCUUCCUAGGAAGAACUGCAUCAGAUUUUCUAGGAACAAACUGGAUUCCAUGGUUUUCUGUUUUGUACAUUUAUACUAUUUUUGCACAGUAUCUGCUUUAUAUUUGCAGCUGGAAUAUUUUUAUACGUAAUCCAAAGGAGCUCAACAAGCUUUUGUCUAUUUAGCAUUUUUAUCUUACAGUAUAGGUUUUGCACCUAUUUAUUGAGUUCUUUACUAUGAAAUGAGGUGCAAGCAAAUUUUACAGCUUUUACGUAAACUGUAGUGAUGGGCGAAUUUGCGCCGUUUCGCUUCGCCGAAAAAUUUGCGAAACGGCGCCGGCGUCUCGUUUU